CUUACAGGGACCAUUGAACUCCUUGAGCAUCAUGAGCAGGAACUUUCUGUCCACCAAUGAUGAGCUCCGUAAGGGUGACUUCCUGAUUUCUAACAAUCAACAAUACAAGGCUAUCUUUCAGGAAGAUGGCAACUUUGUCAUCUAUGGCUGGCGUCCAAUCUGGUCCUCAAAAACUGAUGGUAAUCAAGAGGCACACCGCCUUGUUAUGCAGCAAGACUGCAACUUUGUCAUGUACACAAAGGGUGACAAACCUUGUUGGUCAACUAGCUCUUAUAAUGCGUGUGAAGAUUGUCGUUGCCGUGUAUUUUUGCGUGAUGAUGGUGUCCUGGAAGUUGAUCGGAAUGGAGAGAAGAAGUGGACUUCACAUUAGAAGUAGUGCACAAGAUGUGAGAGAAGAAAGUGAAUGUAAAUGUGAUAAUGAAUAUGAUGCUUUAUUGUCUAUUGACUUCAAAU